UAUAUAGGGUUUUGAUAUCGAACAUAUCACAGCACCUCAAAAUACAUGCGGACUCAUGCCUUAUGAUUGUGAAAACGAGAGGAUUAGGUACCCUAAUCGUGUGUUGGUCAAUCUUUACGCUAAACUCGGUCUCCAUCGUUACAACCUCUCUGAGGGAACAAAUUUAGAGUUUCACCACUUGAAGAAAUUCAACACGAGUAUGAAUUUUAUCUCCUCGUACCGCAUCACUUUGGUCCAAAUAUAUGGUCGUUUGAAUUUGAUGGUCUUCAUUGCUAGACCUCAAGCUAAUAGUCCUAGUCCUCUCCGCAAAGAAGCUGUUUGGCCACAACUUGAUUUUGAUGAUACAGAACGAUUCUACCUGCUGAAGGAUCCAGAGUUACAAGGCAACGAUUGGAUUCGUCUAUACUUGGAACUUGCUCUUUGUUUAAAUGAUAGGAACAUUUCCGAAUAUGUGGUUGUCUCAAAUGUCAAUUUCUACAUAACGUUUAAAGGCUUGCCUGUGGCUCAGGUUGGUGAGGAUGGUGAGCAUGUUGAGCGCAAAGUCAUAGUUAGAAGGUUUGUGGAUCUAUCUACCACUCUCAAGGGUGGGUUUGGGUUUUCGGUCGGAGAAGACACUAGUGAGGGCCCUAUGACUCGCCUCCGGAACAUGGAAGAAAUUUGCGCUGAGCUGAGGCUGCACCCUACGACUCGCCCAUGUCCAGCCAUCCCCAUUGCUGAUUAUUGGAAAAGCUAGAUUAUUAACAUCUACAGGUCUUUCUGCUAAAUAAUAGACUGUGUGUUGUUGAUUUCUUUCUCUUGGGUUGUUUUUUAAGACGAUAAUAAUUUAGACCCUUUUUGCAUCUCGUUGACUUUAGCUGACAAUGAGUUUGUAACUCCCUCAUGUCUUUAUUUUCUCUUAUUU